UCAAUUUGUUUUUGUCUUUGAUUUAGUUUUGGAAAAGAUCACAGUAUGCUGAGCAAAAUUUUACUCGCUUUGGGAGUCGUGUUGGCUACUUCAGUUUUAGGUAAGAAAAUUUACAAAUUUUCAGUGAUUGAAUUUCCCUGCUAGCAAGUCUCUAUUUGUGCAGGGAAGCGAAGGAGAAGAGACCUCUGCCUAGAUCUGACACGUUUUCUGUCGCGCAUGUGCACAAAUUGCCACGAGUGAUGUUCCCCACGUGAUAUCAAACUGGUUUUUACGGGAGCAACUUGGUAAUUCAAAAACUUACCGUAGUAUGAAGGCAAACAAAUGUAUCUCGGCCCAAUAAAACAGAAAAGAUUGCUUUCUUUUGUUCUUCUGUCACUGCUUUCACAGUUUCAUUCUUUGAAAAUAUCAAUUACAUAACUUAGAGCACUUUCAAACAACAUGAAAAACCUCGAAUAUUUACUAUUUGUUUCCCUAAACCGGUUUCAGAACUUGUUUUACAAACUGGUUUGACUCGUCCACGAUCAUGGACUGAGGAAGUGUCAGAUCUAGGCAGAGGUCUCUUCUCCUUCGCUUUCCUGUACAAAUAGAGACUUCUGUCAGCAGGGAAUGAUUGAAUCACAAUGCUUGAUAAUGUUCCUUGCUAGAAAAGAUAUGGGAAGCUAUAUGUUUCAAGUUACAUAAGAUAUGUAAUUGCUUGAUAUUGCUAGCUAUUAUGAACACGCUGCAAUCCGAUUUGCAGAGAUUUUAACAAACAUCAAAAUUGUUACCAGAGAAGUACCAGGCGGAAAACGAAUUCUAAUAAUAAAUAUUAAAGCCCAGCAAAGUGCUUUUAAAAGAGCCAUAAACCAUUAAAUUUAAAUAUUUUUAAUAAAGAUUUAGUAACGUUUCGUCUUAACUUAAGACAUCUUCAGAAUAUAUUAAAUUACAAGCUGUAAGACUAAUUAAGCAUAAAUUAAAGCUAUCAUAGCAAUAUUAAAUUACAAGAUCUUGAUAAAAGAUUUGUCUUUCGAUCAACUAAACGGCUUUCCACCUUUUUCUCUUUUAAGGACAAAAUACCCAAAGCUCUGGAGUCGGGUGUAGUGUACUCUUUUACGUGUCGAUGCUGUUCCGCAUCGUAUGUGGGUCAAACCACGCGCCAUCUACACACCCGAGUGUCGGAACACCUGGGUAUCACUCCUAUCACUGGCAAACUAAGUAAAAAUCCUCCCCAGUCCAGCAUUUUCUCACAUCUUACAUCCACAGGCCACACUGCUUCUAUUGACGACUUUGAAAUCCUCUCCUCUUGUUCAGAUGACCAAGAACUCCUUAUUCAUGAAAGCCUUCUUAUCUCUAAAAUGAAACCCUCUCUCAACGUUUAAGGCAGUUCAAUUCCUCUUCACCUAUUCUGAUCUCUCUCUUUUUUAUGUUUUGUCUGUAUGUGUUGUCGUCCAAUUUGUAUGUUUUCAUUUUUGUUCGUCACUUCCCUUCAUUACCCUUUCUUAUCCUUACGUUUUGUGUACCUCAUACUCUCUUGUAAUUUAAUAUUGCUAUGAUAGCUUUAAUUUAUGCUUAAUUACUCUUACAGCUUGUAAUUUAAUAUAGUCUGAAGAUGUCUUAAGUUAAGACGAAACGUUACUAAAUCUUUAUUAAAAAAAUUUAAAUUGAAUGGUUUAUGGCUCUUUUAAAAGCACUUUGCUGGGCUUUAAUAUUUAUUAUUAGAAAACAUCAAAAUCUUAUCUCAUAAGACAUAAAUAUUUUGACUUCAAAAUUGGCUGAUUAAAUACAAAAGGAUACUCUAUCCAGUUCUAGUCUCAGGUCAGUGGGAUGACCCUUGCCGGGUCUCUAGAUAUAAAACAGUUUAAAUUAAACUGACAGAGACAAGAUAAUUUGCCACUAAUGAUCUACUGCACGUCUUUUUUUGUUUUAGGGAGUGCUCUGAAAUGCAAUGUUUGUGCAUACUCGACAACACAGCCAAAAGAACAACAAAUAUGUACUGGUGGCCCACUCACCUGUCGAUACGAUCAUACAUAUUGUUACACAACAUCUAUUACUUUCCAAAAUGGCACAAAAGCUGUUGAAAGAAGCUGUGGCACCAGUGCUACUUGCUUCAAUACUGAAAGAGCGUGUAACGUUUUAACCAGACUAUUUGGUCUGAAAUCGUGUGCUUUUGAAUGUUGUACUACCUAUAAUUGCAACAAUUAUACCCCCAGCAGUGCAACUGGUGUCAUGGUGACCAAGUUUACUCUUUCCCUGAUGGUGAUUGUUGGUUUUAUUUUUGCUUGACUUGAUGUACUUUGCGUUUUGACUGUGUAGUUUUACCUAAAUUUACUUAAUUCAAUUGUUGUAAUUUGCCUGAGCGUAAUGAGAUUAUGUGGUAAAACUGUGUGUUUAAAACAAGUUGUUUAAAAUAUGUAGCGUUAUUAGUUUGGGUUAAUUUAGUAGGUGACGUACUAAUACUAUGUAAUAAAUUGAUAAAAGAUAAAAUCAAUUCGUUCCUUAAGGGGCAUGCAUGUGUAAUCAAAUGUACUAAAUAAACUAGUUUUGAGCUAAAGU